CCAGCCCCCAGCCUCCAGCACUCAGCCCACCAUGGCUCCUCCUUGAACCCUAAACCCUUCGCCGAAUCCUUUCCCCUCCCCGUCCUGGCGCUCUCCCCGCCGCGAGAUUCUCCCCCAUUCCAUUCGGCGCUAUUCCGGCCCGGAGCGGCGAUUCCUCCCCAGAUCUCGCGGCAGCCGCGGCCAUCGCCGUACGUGCGGCCGGCGUAUGCACGGGGCUUCGCGGCGCCGCCGCCACGCCCUCGCCUACGGCGUCGGCCUCACCACCGCCACGUUCACCUGCCGAUACCUCGCCACCUUGACCACUAUCAAGAAGAACCGGCGGUUGACUCGUUCCAGAGAGAAGAAACUCAAAAUCACACCGAGGAAAUACAGGAUUAACCGUGAGAAAAAGGGCAGUGCUCAGCUGCUAAAAGGAAGAAUGGAAAAUCCAGGUGGCCUCAGUCCUCCACUCCAUCCUGCCACCCCUGCCACCAUGGAUUCUGCAGACUGGUCUUCCCUCCCGGCCGACCUCAUCAACUGCAUAGCUGACUGCUUCCUGGCCACCAGUGAUCUCGAUUACUAUAUGGACUUCCGUGCUGUCUGCAAAAGCUGGCGCUCCGCCACCGAUGACCCCAAGAUAACCUCAGACCAUCGAUUCCGCCCCUGCCACUGGGUCAUCAUCGACAAGGUUUACGAGACCAAGACAUACCUCUUGGUGAACACCGCCACUGGCCGCUUCCUCCGCAAAGAACUCCCACUGCUCCGCGGCUAUUACAUUGCCGUUCCCACCCGGGAUGGUCUCCUCAUUCUGGUUGACAACAAGUCCUAUAACACUGUGAGUGUCCUCAAUCCUUUCACAGGAUACAUGGUUCGGUUCAUUGCGCCUAUGCCUGACGAGUUUGUGAAGUCUGCUACUCUGGUCUCCGGUUCUUCGCCUACGCUUCUCUUGCUAUGCAACAAAGUGGUGGAUGCUCCUGAUGGCUCGUUGCGUGAUGCACCCCGUACAGUGUACAUUGCUGAUCCUAGCGGCGAAAGUCUUGCCAUGUACGAGGACAGGGAUGCUUGCCCUUUGAUCAGGCUGUCUGUCAGAGGUAUCUGCACUAAUGGUGAGUUAGGAUCGGGGUCACCGUUUCCACUUGCUGUGGCAAAAGGUAUGUUUGAUCUGAUGAAGUAUUUCAAUGCCGAUCCAACUGAGAUGUCUGAUGAUGAAGAUUCCGUGAUAUCUGAAGACGAAGCUAUACGGAAUUUCUUUAUAGGAUAUGACAACCGUUGUUAUCUGCUGGAAUCUGCUGGAGAAAUAUUGAUCAUCAUCAAGCUAAAAGAUGGCAUGGAGAUUUACAAGAUGGACACUGACAGAUAUAUACUCGAGCGUGUGGAGAACAUUGGCAACCGUGCCAUCUUCUUAGGUGGGUACUGUAGGUGCAUGUCUGUUAAUGCUGAUAAGUUCCCAUCAGUCGACGCCAACUGCAUCUAUUACACAAAAGGCCUAGAUUUCAACCAUGGCAUCCACAUUUACAGUCUACGGUCCAGGAGAGAAGCAAAAAUCUCUAAAGUCAUAGGUGAUGGUUCUCGUCCCUACACGAUUAUUCAACUCCUCUCUAGUAGCAUAAAUGAUAACUAGGCUUCCAUUGCUGAUAAUGGGUGUCGUUUCUUAGCUUGAUGUAAUGACUACGCAAUGGUGGUAAUGUAUUUACGCUGAGACUUCCCCCUUGCUCUGUGAAGCUGUCCACUUUCGGGCACAAGUUUGAUCUGAGCAUAAUAGCACUUAUGUUAUCUU